AUGAAUAUCAUUGGCUGCAAGUGGGUGUUUCGCACCAAACGGACUACUGAUGGAGCAGUUGAUCGCUACAAGGCACGCCUUGUGGCCAAGGGUUUUAAUCAAGUAGCUGGGGAAGACUUCUUUGACACUUUCAGUCCAGUCGUCAAACCCACUACUUUGGAUGUUUAUAAUGCCUUCCUUAAUGGGCAUCUAGCUGAAACAGUCUAUAUGAAACAAACCCCGGGAUAUGAAGAUCCGACGCAUCCUGAUCAUGUUUGUCUAUUGCAGCGGUCACUCUAUGGGUUUAAGCAAGCUCCACGGGCCUGCGACGUCGUCUUAGUCAAUCAUUUACUUGGUCGCUUAGCAUCUACUUUCAAGAUUCGGGAUCUUGGUAAACCAGGGUUCUUUCUGGGUAUCGAGACAAUUCAUACUGGUGAUGGUAUGGUUCUUUCUCAACGGCGUUAUAUGACAUAUCUGUUAAACAGGUCUGGGAUGGUUGACUGCAAGCCACUCACUACACCGGUAUCAGUUUCGCAGCCAGUCACCCCAUCGGAUCAGUCAUAUGAGAAUCCGACGCAGUAUCGUCGUAUUGUUGGAGCAUUGCAGUACUUAACCAUCACUCGACCAGACUUAGCAUAUGCUGUCAACCGCCUAUGUCAGUUUAUGCACUCACCCACUGAUGACCACUGGGGCAUUGUCAAGCGCGUGUUGCGAUAUAUCAAGGGCACUCUUGACUAUGGGUUGCAUCUCGUCUCUUCACUGACUUCUACUAUUCAUGCCUAUUUGGACUCUGACUGGGCUGGCUGCCCAAUUGACAGGAAAAGCACGAGUGGAUAUGCUGUCUUCUUAGGGUCUAAUCUCAUUAUGGCUCUCUUGAAAACAAUGCACGGUGGCUCGCUCGUCCACUGA